GAACUUGUAAGCUGAUUUCACAGAGUAUUUUCCAUCAUUCUUCCAUAACCAAAUCCAUAUAUCUUCAUUGUUAACCAUUGUUAGCCCACUAGUUUGUUCUCCUACAAAAACUCCACAAGUUGAGCAAUGCUCUCUUAUUCUCCCUGGUGUAGUUGGCGUCUCCACUUGAGGUCCCACAACUUGGAAUUGUUCCUCUAUAAUCCCAUUAACUAUGAUAUAGCCUCCAAUGGUGAGUAUAAAAGUGUGCAACAUCGGGUGUUGGCCAACUCCGAUAAGAACCCACGAAUUUCGGUGGUUGAAUUCUUCAAUCUGAGCAAAUGGAAAGGAAAUGGUUACUAUGGACCAUUGCCGGAGUUGCUAUCGGCAGAGAAACCAGCGAUUUAUCGUAAUUUUACCGAACAAGAGUUCCUUGAGAAUUUCUACAGCAAGGGGUAUGAUAGCAAAUCCCUCAUUGAAAAAAUCAAAAUUGAGAGCUAAAUGAUUAAAUUUCAAAUUGUGUCUACGUACUACAGUUAAAAUUACGUAUAUGGGCUUUAUAACUUUUACAAAUUAUUCUAUAUUAUUAAACAAUAAUCAACUUCAUGUUGAUUUAUUAUGUAUCGAAUUCAAGUUUAGGUGACUUUUGAUGAAAACAUGCAUUAUGUGUACUGAAACAUUUAGCUGAAUGUUUUCUUCAAGGGGUGUCAAAUUAAACUUAAUUAUAGAAG